AUGAAUUCCUGCGGCGCCGAUACGCAGGAGGUGGACGCCGCCCGCGAAGAGGCGGUGGCGGCGGCGGCCUUUGAAAAGCCGGGGGAGGAGACUGGACUGCCGGCCCCCAGCGGUCAACCGGUUGAGGGCGCUGUCGACGCGCUGCAGCGCAUGCAGAAGAAGCAACGGACGGAGGCGGAGGCUAGGGCCUUUGUCCGUGAGCUCCUUGCGAACAAGGGAGAGGCGCACGUGCAGAGUGUGCUUCAGGCGGAAAUUCAGAAGGUGAAGAAGAAGGAGUCGGAGCUGGCCACCCUCAAGAAGAAAGUCGCAGCCACAAACAAGGAGGUGGAUGAGCUGCAGUCAGGUAUCCGGCGGCUAAUUGAAACAAGGGCGGAGGCAGAGCGUUUGUGUAAAGUUUUGCAGGCCGCGAUGAAGCGACGGGCGCUGCUCACAGAGGAGGCAAAAAAGGACAUGGAGGAGCAUCGUAUCAGUGUGAAGCAAAAAGUGGAACAGAGCGUGCACGACAUCCGCGUCAAGUGCGACGAGCGUAAGCAGAAGGUGGCGGAGGUGAUGGCCGAGAAUGAGCGUCUCCGCGAGGAGGUGGGGCACAAAAAGAAGCAGUUUGACGAAGCCUACGAGUCCUACCAAUCAAGCUGGAAGGCCCGCGAGAGUUACUUGGAGGAGCUGAUGCGUACCUUUCAACAGGUCACGCGGGAGGUGGAGGCGCUCGAGGGCCAGGUGGCCCUCACGCGGCGGGAGCGGCAGGCGACGGAGGAGGGCGUGGUGGUGCUGCAGCGCCAAGUCGACACGUACAGCACGCAGUUGCGGGACUUCUCCGAGGGCUACUCCGUUGAGGACGCGGAGGCGGCGGCGGCGCAGCAGCGGGAGCAGGCUGAGGCGCGGAUAGCACGCCUGGAGGCCGAGAAGAAGGAGGCCAACGAACUCCGACUGAAGUUCGACAAGGAGCUGGCGGGGUGGCGGACCGCGCUUGCCACCGCGAAGCGCGAGUUGCAGAAGGCUGAGAAGGCACGCAUGGCGGCGGAGAAGCAGUGCCGCGUCACGCAAGAAAAGUCGCGGCUGAAAAAGAAGACAUGA